AUGCCCAGCCCGACGCUCAUAAGACCGCCCCCAGCGGACACGUCGAAGUCCGCGAUGGAGAACGUCCUCGAGCUCAUUACCCUUAGAGACAUUGGCCCGGACAUUUUCACCAACGCUCGCGAGCUAUGGCACCCUCCAGGCGCUCGCGGUGUCUACGGUGGCGCUGUAAUAGCUCAAUGCCUCGCUGCAGCGCAACAUACUGUCCCGCCUCCUUCUCCAGCAAACGACAACGCAGUGUUUCUUAUUCACAGCAUGCAUUGCUACUUCGUGCUUGCUGGGGACUCGACAAUACCAAUUCUGUACCACGUAGAGAGAGUAAGAGAAGGGAGAAGCUUCGUCACAAGAACAGUACAAGCUAGGCAGAGGGGAAAGUGCAUCUUCACUACAACAUUGAGCUUUAUGCGUGAGGGUAGUGGCGGGGAAAUAACGGUCGAUCAUGGCUGGGAUAUGCCUGAGGGCGUGAGAGAGGGACUGGAGCAGAUAUUGCAAGAAGAGGAUGAUGCUAAGGAUAAGGAAAGUGCGUCUAACGGAGUGGAGGCGGAAGGUCCUUUCGUCUCGAAGAGACUAGGCAUAAUCAAUAAUAGCUCACCCUACCCACACCACCGUAAACCACAAGCUUGGAUACAAUGCCGCGGCGCCAUUUCUCCAUCCGGCGGCCAGCACGCCCAUCUCUCAGCCCUCGCUUACAUGUCCGACAGCUGGUUUAUCGGCACGGUCUCUCGGGCUCAUCAUCUCAUGCGCGAAAACCAUACUCUCUACAACAGGACCUUCCCACAACAUCAGGAUAGCCCUUCUUCAAAACGGCAGACUGAAUCAGAGGCCAGGAAAUCAUCCAAGAACACAUUCGAGACACCCAAACGCUCGAUUGGUAUGAUGGUAAGCUUGGAUCAUACGAUUUACUUCCACCGGCCGAGGGAGGUCAAGGCCGAUGAGUGGAUGUGUACCGAGAUGGAGACGCCGUGGUCGGGCGAGGGGAGAGGGCUGGUGAUGCAGAGGAUUUGGAAUAAGGAGGGGAGAUUGUUGGCUACUUGUGUACAAGAGGGUUUGGUGCGUUUGCAACAAGAAGAUCCUUUGCCGAAAAGCAAGCUGUAA